UGUCGAUGUUUUGCAGCCUGGCUAUGUUACUAACUAAGUAUGAGCUACCUGAACGUUCAGAAUCAUAGCAAGCAGUAUUGUCACUAAUACUGUGACACUGUUAUACACAUCCCCCAUUCAUCACUAUGGCAUCUUCAAGAAGCGGCAUGCAAGAUACUUCCCUUCUGGAGCACAUCGCCAAAGCACACAGCUUGAAUGAGCAAGACGAACACACUUUGCAGUCCAUACUUUCCUCAAAAGCACGAAACACGUCACCUUCAUACCUUGACAGUGAUGCAGAUGCUCAGUUACUAUUAAAUAUCGAGUUCAACCAGGCAGUCCGUGUACGAUCACUCGUCCUUCAGGCGCAGGAGCGAGGACCAGAUAAACUCAGGCUUCGCAUCAAUUGCUCCGCUAUCGACUUUACCAAUUUUGAGGACUCGGAAGAUACCCAGGUCAUCGAGUUAAAGGCAGAUCAGGUGUCGAAAGAGGGCUCAGUAAAGCUGAUUCCCCUUCACCCUACAAAGUUCAACCAUGUGAACUCGCUUCACAUCCUUGUCGAAUCUAACCACGAUACUACCAGAAUCGAUGCAAUCGAUAUCUUGGGUACGCUUGUCCACGCGACGAAGAACCUGAGUGGACUUGCACAACAAGAAGACUAAACUGCUCGUGUGCACUUCACAACUUUAUUACUUUGAGCAAUAAUAUGGGGUACACUUCUACUAGUAGCUAGAUGCUCAAGCCCAUAAAUACGCAUGGAUUCUGGAAGUUUCAUUUGCCGUCAAUCUGAAGCCACAUACUCCAUCUCUUCCGUUCUUCUUCGCCCCCUUCAAGUACCCAGUUAACUUUUAUUAUUUCUGAAAAACCCUCCGUCAGUUGGGGCUCCUCGUAGUUGUCCCUGAAACCUAUGAAGGCAAGGUAGGGUAGGAUGUUGCGUCUCGACUAAU